UCAAGUCACGACCGCAUCCCCUUCUUCUCAUCUUCCUCCUCUCGCUCCCGAACUGCCUCACAUGGCGACUCCUUCAAAGAAGCUGCAGCGCUCUCGAUCUCACGCCUCGGAGAUCCCGAUGGCUUCUGAGAAUUUUGAUCCCAAUAUCCCCUCGUCAUCUCCUCUUUCGUCUCAGAAAUUGGCGAGAUCUCCGGCGAUUGGAUCGGUCAAGUCGAAGAGUCCAGCGCCUAAGGCGCCUUGUCGGAUCCUCGCUCCGCCGCCACCGAAGGAGCGAGCAAGGAAGUUUAUCGUCGCCAAGAAGAGCUCCAGGAGGGCGGGGAAUGGGAUUGACUUCGAGAAGUGCCGAAAAGAGGCUUAUGAGACCCUUCGAGCGUCGCAAGAGGAGUUUUUCAGGAGAAAUCGUCCUUCUGGAGUGGCAGGUGUCUCGAAUCUUGGAGUAGGUGAAGCUGGGGUGUCCAUUGAUAGAACUGAGCAGGAAGGAGUGGAUGGGACGGGUGAGAACUUGGAUUUGGGGACUGAAGAUCUUAACUGUAGUUCAGAGGUGAGGAAGACGAAAAUUUUGGUCAAGGAGGAUGCACCUGAGCCAGAGUCUGGUCGCGUUAAGCAUCUGGUAAAGGCAUUUGAAAACCUUCUUUCCGUUUCAAAGGAUGAGGAUGCUGGAAAGUCAGAGGAUGGAGAUCUGAAUGUGAUGAAUUGGACAUUGCCAGGCUUAGAGCAAUUAUCCAAGACUGAUACAGUAGAAUCUUCCUCGGGAUAUGUUUUCUCUUCAUCAGAGUUUGCUUCUUCUAGAAAACUUGCGGGAGAAUCACAGUUGAAUUCUUCAUUAGACGGUAACGGUGAAAGGCUGAGUUUGGGGAGAAGGGCAUCCGGUGAAGGAAGAAACAAACGUAGUAGCUCUGAUUGUCUUAGGAGGAGCUGGGAUAAGAUGCUUAGAGUGACAAGCCAACACCCAUUCAAACUCAGGACGGAGCAAAGAGGAAGGAUUAAACAAGAACAAUUUAUCAAGAAAGUGAAAGAAAUAUUGGUUGAGGAGGAGAAGCAACGCAUACCUAUUGCCCAAGGACUUCCAUGGACCACAGAUGAACCAGAGAUCUUGUUGAAGCCUCCUGUCAAAGAAAGCACUGAGCCACUAGACAUUGUUUUGCACAGUGAUGUGCGUGCAGUUGAAAGGACUGGGUUUGAUCAAUUUGUAGCUGAGCGGAUGAGCUUCGCUGAGCAACUAAGAACAGAAAGGGAGUUGCAGCAGAAGUUUGAGGAGGAAGAAGAAAUACAGAGGCUUAGAAGAGAACUUGUGCCUAAAGCUCAGCCAAUGCCAUACUUCGAUCGACCCUUUGUUCCUAAAAGGUCGGAAAAGCCUCGUACAAUCCCAAAGGAACCAAGAUUUCACAUGCGCCCAAGAAAACCUGCAUGCUCCAGAGUUCCAUGCUCGAUCGACUCAGUCGAGGCAGUUUAAGAAGUUUAUCCUGUUUCAUCGACUCGUUCUUCUCUAGCAUAUUGAGGCUGCAAGACACUGUAUAUUACAGGAAGCCCGGAUACUUUUUUUCCUUUCUCUUCUCACCCAAAAAAAUCUUCUAGUUGAAGGAUCUGAUGCCUUAGCGUUGAAUGUAAACGUAUAUCUGGAGAAGGAAACUUAGUAGUUGAGUUUUGUGGAGUACCAAAGGAAAUUACUAUCUACUAUUUGUGGAGAAAACGUAAUGUUUACUUGUACCGCAUAUUAAACGUUGAUUUUUUUAGGUGGAAAUGCUAAACCUUUUUGUUGGAGCAAUAUCAUUAUCAA